AACAAGAACCCCUCCCCCUCGACGCGUCAACAGCCCAGUGGUUCGCGUCUGCCGCCAAAACACGCCUUUAAGCUUUCCCGCUAUGCAACAGUGACGUCCCAGUACCCCGCCAAAGCUCCAUCCGCACAGGCUCGUCCGGCAGCCUGCGUCACGAACCCCUCAUCUCGAUAGCGCAAACCCGCGCCUCGGGCGGAUCUGGAACUGAAAUCAUUUACACAACAGGCCAAUAAUAGCUUCCCAUGGAGUUGUUUACAGCCCAGCUGCACCCUGGACGGGCGUUGGGCUUUCUCGUUCUCGGUGCUUCACUCCACGACAUCCUCAGCAGGCUCAAGGCCGAGCCGCAGCGGUUUCCCAACAUUGACGUCUUGUAUUCGCCCGACACACCCCUCGCCGAGCCCGUCUGCGUUGCGCUACCGCACAAUGGCAUCCGUCUGCGCUUCGACGCCCCCGAGCAACGCCUCAGGCUAGUGGAAGUCGUGGACUUUGCAAAGAAUCACAUCACCUUUAAGGAAAAGGACCUGGUGCGGCCGAGUGCCGAUGCACCAACACCGCCAGCCGGGCCGACAUUCCGCCACAUAUACCAGCGGCUACUGGGCCCAACAUAUGCUGGAGAAUUUAUACCCCCUGCGGCAGAUCAAGAGGAUGGAACAUAUGUCCUGUCGUAUCCUGGUGUAGCGUUCAACUUUCCCAUGGCGGAGGCCGAGUAUUCGCCUACCAAGGAUGUAGUCACGCUGCUCUCGCCUUCGGCCAACCAAUCGGCGACAUCGAUGGCUGUGUUUAGCGGCGAGUCUUGGGCUGAUGCUCGGGAAACGCUGUGGACAGAGAUCCUGCCUAGUAUCAACUCGUCGCCAGCGUUGCCGCGGACAAAGGACGUACAUGCGGACGAGGUGUCGUUGGUGCGUAUCCAUGGUGGCGGAAGAGUGCAGCUGUUCCGCAAGUGGACAAACGAGAGUUUCUGGAUACAGCUGGGCGAGACGACGCCGCAGGACUUGGUGUUGGAGCUCGGCCCACCUAGUGCCAUGUAUCGAAAGAAUGACCAGAAAAUGAUUGUGCAUAAGAUGAGGACGACCAGCGGCACGGCUACACGGCCCAACAUGGGCGAUCUGGCACGAAAGGAUGAGGCGAUUGACACGGACCACUCAUCUAUGAAUGAUGUUUCGGACCAGUCCGAUGAUGAUGACGAUGAGCCCAGCGCAUCGUCUCCUUCUGGAGAGUGCUUUUACAACUACUUUUAUUUGGGCUUUGAUAUCUUGCUGUCGACUCCCGUCUCUCCGUCACAGGCCCCUCCUGGUGCAGAUAUGCCUCUUGAAAAUGGUAUUAAGAUGCACCAGCCAGACCGGCUUGUCGCUACAAAGAUUGUUCUUCACGGCAAUAUUCCCGGUUCAUACGAGUUCAAUCGACACCGCCGGUGCAGAUGGGAAAUCGCGUACCUUGGCGACGGAACUGGAGCAACCAGUGCCAACUCGGAGGCAGUGUUUAAAGACGUGGAGGAUCAGCUUCAUACGAAAUGGGGCCCUGCCGAACCAAACAACCCACAAGCGCGGCAGAGAGGUAUGGUCUUGAACCGCGGUUGGGGGGAUAGUCCUGGAAACAGCUGCGAGCUGCUCGGUGGGUGGGAAGACAGCGCGGCCAGAAAGGCUGAGGCGAGUAUCGACUCGACGACAACGCUAUACGGGUUCCCUGGGUUGGUGUUUGAGGUUUUGAGGAAUGGAUACAUCAACACAGUCACAGUCUUUUGAUUUUUUGCACAUAAUGUAUAUUUGGCGUUUAUGACAGGGUCGGCGUUAUUAUCUAGCAUUUUUUUAUAUACUAUACUCUGAUUCCGCGUU